AUAAGGAAUUAAAAUUCUAUAAAUUACCACAAACUCAAAAAUCAUCGGACAGAUUCCAUAAAUUUUUCCUAAUCGGAAUUCAUCUUCUUCGACUAUAAAUCAAAUUAAUCCAUACAUUCUUCUUCAUCGAUUCUCAACAAUGUCUCUCGAAACUGCUUCCACUUUCCGCUAUAGUCUCCGCCGCAACGACGGCGUCGAUCAAUCUCUCCACAUUAGAUUAGGAUUUUUGUGGCGUUUACUCUCCCGAUCACCGUCCUCCGGACUUCCGUACGAGAUCCUCUACGAAAUUCCCUCAAGUUCACCGCGGGAGACUACAUUCCCUCUCUCUCUGAGAGAUCUCGAAGAUCCGCUGUUCUGCGAAGCUUACAUCGCCCAAUUGCUGCACUCCUUAGAUCUCGGCGCCGUAACCUGUGACAUAGUCGCUCGGAAGAUCACAUCGGUCGUCGUUGAAGUAUUGGAAUCCGGAAACUACGAUGUGAAGUUCCAGAUCGCGGCGGAAAUCGAUCACGUUCAAAUGUUUUGGGCGGAGGAGGAGCGGAGUUCGGUUCCAGUGGAGAAUGGUGAGAGGCGAGGUAUUGUGGUGGAGGAGAGGGCGGUGUUGGAGGAAGCUCCGGCGAGGAGAAGGGCGGCGGAGAGGGAGAGUAAGAGGUUGAAGAUGGAGAAAUUUGAUGAGUUAAAGAGAGCAGAGAUGGGAGACUGUUGUGUUUGCUACGAAGAACUGAAUGAUGUGAGGAAGGAGGUGAGUAGAAUCCGGUGCGGUCAUAUCUAUCAUAAAUCAUGUAUUCUCACUUGGCUUCAAAGUAGAAACUCUUGUCCUUUGUGUAGAAGGGAAAUAGAAUUUGAAAUUUAAGUGAAUAUAUUUUUU